AUGUCCAGUCCUCUCGAUAACUCCGCGUCUCCUCCCGUCCUGGACACAUUGCGUCCCGGCAGCAGGAACGAUUCCAAUCAGGAUCUUUCAAAUCGCACAGGAAGUCCUAGCAGCUUCCUGUCGCGAGGAGGCAAUGCGAAUGGGUACGGGGACAGGGACAGAGACAGAGACAGAGGGGGAAAUAGGGAGUAUGAUAGAGACAGAGACAGGGACAGGGAUUGGGUCAGGGGUGUGAGCGGGCUUGGCGCCAAAGGCGCGGGUGCCAGCAGCAGCGGCAACAGCGGCGCAUCCCGCACUCAGCGCACCCUCGACUACUCCGACGCGUCUCCCGAUCGCCCUCUAGGAUCCCCCUCCCAGAUCCUGCUCGCGCCUGCCUCCCCGCCUCGCUUCCAAUCCCCUCUGCGCAAUGCUAGCCCCAACCCCAGCCGCAUGGCUGCUUACUCCUCUCCAUCCCCCGACCCUCGUUACCCCAGUCCGGGUCACUCAUCCGGGUAUGACUCAGAGUCAUCCCCCUCCGUUGCUGACGUGGCAGCUGCUGCCCUGUCUGACGUGUCAGAGGAGGAUUUGCAGACAAGAACCCCGGUGAUGGUGGGGAAGCGGGCGCUGAUGGGAGUGGAGGGGAUGGGCAUGUCAGGGUCGCCUGGGUUCCUGUCGGGGUUCAUAGCGUCUCGUCCCAAGAAUGACCGCGCUGAGAUGAUGGACCCCAAGUUCUACCUCGAGUCGUUUGACGGAGUGAGGGCGGAGCUAGAGCAAUUACCGAGUGGCACGGCGGCCCUGCAGCAGCUGGGCAUGCACAGUGCACCACUCUCUCUUCCCCCCGCCUCCCUUCACUCCCUUCCACACCCUUAUCCCAGUCGUUUGACGCAGUGA